CAAUCCUGCCUACCGAAACUAUCAGCAUAUAUUAAGAUGGCCUCUUUGAUCUCCAAGUCCUCUGUUGUCGCUGUGGCGCGCCCUCAGCGGGGCUGCGUGCGCCCAUGCGCUGUCCUAAAGCCUGCGACUAAGCCUGCCCCUGCGGCCGCUCCAGUACAAGCGAACAAGAUGAUGGUCUGGACUCCAGUGAACAACAAGAUGUUCGAGACUUUCUCCUACCUGCCGCCCCUGACCGAUGAGCAGAUCGCAGCUCAGGUUGACUACAUUGUCGCUAACGGCUGGAUUCCCUGCCUGGAGUUUGCUGAGGCGGAGAAGGCCUACGUGUCCAACGAGUCGACUGUGCGCUUCGGACCAGUGUCCUGUCUGUACUACGACAACCGCUACUGGACGAUGUGGAAGCUGCCCAUGUUCGGCUGCCGCGACCCCAUGCAGGUGCUUCGUGAGAUUGUCGCCUGCACCAAGGCCUUCCCUGACGCCUACGUGCGCCUGGUGGCCUUCGACAACAUCAAGCAGGUGCAAUGCAUGGGCUUCCUGGUGCAGCGUCCCAAGAGCGCGCGGGACUGGCAGCCCGUGGCUAAGCGCUCCGUGUAAGGAACAGCAGCCGUUAAGCAACAAGCUGGACACGUCUGCUUGUGCAAGCAUUUCUAGGGAAGAGAAGAAACAACUUUGUAGGUACUAGAAUGUGUUUUGUUAGGAUUUUUGGCUCGAAGUGUUAGUUUGAAGAGGUUAUAAGCCGCAGGGAUGUGCAUCAGCCAUCAUGCUGGCUGCUCGUUGAUGGUAGUCGAAGCUAUUAUUAUCGUAUGUACAAAGCGACGGGAUUCGAAGGACCUUAGCCUGCGCAGGAAUACUGUGCAGAUGGUUGUAUUUGCUGCCUGCCGCCCCAACUCAAAUGGGGCCGCCGGACAUCAGAUUAUAUUAUAUUUUACUUGGACGCUGGUGAGCUCGUGCGGCGUAGCAGUAGCUACAGCUGAAAGUUGUACAAGUGCGCAAUUGUGUAAUUUAGAACGCUA